AUGGGGACCUCAACAGCAAGCUGCUUUCAAUCAACUGAAAUGCUACAUGGUAAAACCCCCAAUUCUGUCAGCUCUGAAGCCUGCAAGACAAUGAUAGAUGCAGAAACGCAGUACAGCAAAGCCGAGAAGAUCAUACUAGCAUUGGUAACAAGCCAGUACCAGCCCAAGGAAGAUAGAAUGAAAACCUACAGAGAAGCUGUGGAGAGUCCUUACCUGAAAUGUUUAAGCCCCACUGAGGCUCUCAUGAUUCUGAAGCAGAUUCAUGAUGAGGAUUAUGGCAAUCACUCUGGAGGUAGAUCUUUGGCACAUAGAGUUCUAACUCAAGGUUAUUUUUGGCCUUACUUGGCUCGGAAUGCUGAAGAGUAUGCCAGAAGGUAUGAUAAGUGCCAGUGA